AUGGACAGCUGGCAAUCGCCGCUUUCGAGCCGCUAUGCGAGCAAAGAAAUGUCAAACCUGUUUUCGAAUGCUACGCGCUUUGGAACAUGGCGUCAACUGUGGUUGAACCUGGCCAUAGCCGAGAAGGAGCUGGGCCUUCCGAUCCCAGAUGAAGCCAUCGAGCAAAUGCGUGCGCAUCUCAAGCUCGACGAAGAACAGAUGAGACUCGCUGCUGAGGAAGAAAAGCGUCGUCGACAUGAUGUCAUGGCACAUGUCCAUGUAUUCGGUCUCAUGGCACCUGCAGCUGCACCAUUUAUCCAUCUCGGUGCCACGUCCUGCUAUGUGACGGACAAUGCCGAUCUCAUUUUCUUGCGCAAGGGCCUCGAUCUCUUGCUGCCCAAAUUGGCCGUCGUGAUUCAACGGCUUGCGACCUUUGCUGAAAAGCACCGCGCAUUGCCAACGUUGGGCUUUACCCACAUGCAGCCUGCACAGCUCACUACCGUUGGAAAACGUGCCACCCUGUGGAUCCAGGACCUGCUGUGGGAUUUGCGGAACAUUCAGCGUGCACGCGACGACCUUGGAUUCCGCGGUGUUAAAGGCACUACAGGUACACAAGCCAGCUUCCUUCAGCUUUUCGAUGGUGACCAUGACAAAGUCGAAGCCCUUGACGAGCGCGUGACGCAAUUAUUCGAGUUUCCAUACGCGUUGCCCGUGACGGGACAGACGUACUCGCGAAAGAUUGACAUUGACGUGCUAUCGUCGCUUUCGUCAUUCGCUGCUUCCGCUCUUAAGAUUGCAACUGACAUUCGUCUGCUGUGCCACUUGAAGGAGGUCGAAGAGCCAUUCGAGAAGGACCAGAUCGGCUCCAGCGCUAUGGCGUACAAGCGUAACCCGAUGCGCUCUGAGCGUAUUUGUGGCCUGGCUCGUUGGCUUGGCAACACACUGAACAGUGCGCGCGAGACGGCCGGUGGUCAGUGGAUGGAGCGAACGCUUGAUGACAGUGCGAACCGCCGCUUGACGAUUCCUGAGUCGUUCCUCACGGCCGAUGUGAUUCUGACGAUUCUUCAGAACGUCAGCGAGGGACUCGUGGUGUACCCCGCGAUCAUUGCCCGUCACAUUGCUGCGGAGCUCCCAUUCAUGGCUACGGAGAACAUUAUCAUGGCCAUGGUCCGCAGUGGCGGUGACCGGCAAGACUGCCAUGAACGAAUUCGCGUUCUUUCACACCAAGCUGCUCGUGUCGUGAAGGAAGAGGGUGGUGAGAACGACUUGAUUGAGCGUGUGAAGGGCGAUCCCUACUUCGCGCCUAUUUCGGAUCGUCUCGAUGCCUUGUUGGAUCCCGCAAGCUUCACGGGCCGCGCGCCUCAGCAGGUCGACGCUUUCUUGACGAAGUGGGUCAAGCCAGCUCUUGAGCCUUACGCAGCACAGCUGGCCAGUUCCGGCCGCGCCGAGCUCUCUGUCUAG